CAUGGAACGUCUAGGAGAGGAUGAUGUUGACCAGCAACCUCGACUGACGUUAGAAGAAGCAAUUAAACAACAUAAUUUAGAAGAUGGUGAUUUACUUGAAGCAUGGAGGACCUUCAUAAACUAUGCUAAGAGAGGAGAUCAUAUUGCACUUUAUUGGAUUGGAUUUUACCUUCAAUAUGACAUUUUAACAGCUCCUGACCUUUUUAGGAGAAGAUUUUACGAAGAAGCUAUAGAUGAGUUUGCCGUAGGAGCUGGCAUAAGCUUACAAGCCGCAAUGAUGCUCUAUCAAAAAUCUGCAGAUUCUGGAUAUCCAGAAGCACAGCUAAGGUAUGGUUUUAGUCUUUAUUCAGGAAAAGGUGUCCUCCAAGAUAAGAGGAAGGCUACGCAUUAUUUUAGAUUAGUUGCAGCGAAUAAUAAUUAUAGUGCAAUGUAUAAUUUGGGAAUCAUAUUGAUAUUGAAUGGAAAUGACGACGAAAAGAUUGAAGGGGAGAAAUGGAUGAUUAAAGCUGCCAAAAACAAACAUCAAAAGACUAUAGAUUAUUGCAAAGAACGCCAUAUCGAUUUUUAG